UUAACAGCCGAAAACCAUUCUCAUUUUGUUAAUCGAAAAAUGGUCAAAGUUCACCUGCGUUUUAACUGUUUGGCUGGUAAAAUUAUCUGUCAUGAGUAAAGUGAGCUAGUUAAACGAUGAAGAAAGGAAUCUUUGCCCAUCGAAAAAUAAAUUCAAAUCCAGGAAUUGAAAAUUCGGCGGACAAACUGAAAGAUCCAGUGAAGAAACCGUGGCAGCAAGAAAAAAUUAGCUUCAAUCAAGCGAAAAUUAGCGCAAAGGAUGAUGAUUUGCCACUUGUGAAACAGCCAAGCCAUGAGGAUGGCAGUAGCAUUUCAUAUUUCCUUCAAGUGAAUGAAGAUUACGACCGGCUAAUGAAGCGAAUGGAUUGUGUUCCCGAUGAACUGGCCACUUUCAUUGAUAAUGAGCUGAAACGUGCCGAAGAUAAAAAUGCUUUGAUGCAGAGAGAAUUGUUGGAAAAAAUAGAAAAUUUAAGAGACAGUGUCACUAAGGUUGAAAAGUCCAUGACCGAUGAAACACAAACUCGAAUCAAUGGCUGCCUUAAGGACACCAUUAGCACGAUGAUGAAGCAGCAUGAGUCGCAAAUACAAUCAAUUAUCAAAAGCACUUUACCAAAUCCAUCGAUACAUUCUAACGAGUCAUUCUUGAAAGUUCUGGACGAAGAUCAUGCACGUGAAUCACACGUGAAAAUCGAUACGAACAGUGAAUGCUUUAAACGGCAGGUUAGUAACCGUAACGUGCAGUUGGAACCACUAACUACUGCGGUGAGUGGUGAUGAUGCACAAGCUGUGACUCAGCUGUACGCGAACGAACAAAGUGAAUUGAAAUAUGUGCUGAUGAAAGAUGAAUUGGCUAAACGGCAGAUCGUACUCGAUGAAGUGUUGCUGAUCAACGAAGCGCUACGAAUUAAGAUUAGAGAAUAUGAGCUGGACGGUUUGAAGCUUUCACUGGUGAAGUUACCUGUAUCAGAUUCGUCGGUUCAAACGGAUAAUUGGAAAGAUUUAAGACAUAAUGAGUUGUGCAAUGAAUCUCGUAGUGAAUCCGUCGAUGAAAUUCGAGAAAGCGUCAGUAGCAUUAAAUCAAGUCCGUCGAAUUUUCAGUACGAUUCUGUGAGUACGAUGAAGGAAAUGAUUUCAAAAUUGAAAAUCGACGACCGAAAACGAAGAAGGAAAGUGGAGAAAUUGGUUCUGAAGAAUUUUUCUUUAAAAUUGGAAGUUUGCGAAUUGAAAAAGGAAAUUAAGAAAUACUCUAGCGUAUGGGCUAAUGACAGAUACUUUAAUAGCUUGUUUCUGGAUACUACGAAGGUGACCGUAUCGAAAUAAUGGUAUAAUCAUUGUCGGGCUUUUGAUUAAACUCUUCAGAUUGGAUAUAUUGUUGCCUUUUCGUUUGUAUUUUUUUUGUUCAGAAAUGAGACAAAAAGAGUUUAUCGUUAAUUUUCUAAAAAAUUUAAACUUCUCUAUGGGUCUUGACCUAAUAAAUGUGGCAAGGGUAGUAAAGUGAAAAUUAUGCGACACUACAACCGUUCGUCGAUUUUAUAAGAAAAAAAAUUCAGGUUUUUACGUUAUUUAUACCUACUUGACUCGCCUAAGCAAUGUCUCUAAUUCUAACUAUCUAGGAAUCGUGUUUGGUUGGAAGUCUUUUCCAAACAUUUUAUUCGAACAUUUGUCAGGUUAUAUUUUGACCUACGAGAUCAUUCUCACCAUUCUUCAUUAUUUAUACCAAUGUCUUCAAAACAAGGCAGGAUUAUAUUAUCUGUUAAAUACUGUCUUCGAGUCAAUGCUAUCAUAGACUCUACAAGCCACGCAUUCGUAACAUUUGCAGAUGAAAUUUGAAUGGACUACCUUUUUUGAGCAUUGAUUGCUGGUGAAUGAUGAUGAUGUUUCCAUUGAUUAAUUUCUCGGUUUGCUAUGCAAGAACACCUGAGAGAUCUUUAAUAAUAAUAUUAACCUCUAAGUCUUCGAUGGUGAUUUUCAUUCGUUUAUAGAUGUUAUAUUCCUUCAUAACGGUACACGAAUUCUUCACAACAUUGUACCGUUCACACUUUUCAUUUGAACUCAAGUUCAAUUUUUAACCUUCAUCCACACUGACCAACUUUCAAAAAUGUUUUCUAUUGUUAAUCAAAUCUGUUACUUCGUUUAUUUAACGUGUCGCUUACCAACGUUUUUCUAUAUUCAAAUUCUUUUAAAUGCUACAUGCGUCGAAAACCGUACUUUUCAUGUUUUAAGCACUACUUUCGACGUCCUCAACAUGUAAUAUAUAUUACUUCGUUUGUUGGAACCCACAUUUCUCGAUAUAAGAGAAAUGGUCCUUGUUGAUAAUAGAUGGAUAGGUUAAUUAGUGUGACUUUUAGUGUGAGUUGUUUCCUUCCUCAAUAAUUAUGGAUCCGACUUAUUGGAAUUAAUCAGAGCCCAACAUUGAAUGGGAACCAGAGGAGUUCUUGAGAUCAUUUUCAACUAAGAAGAAAAAACGUUUUUAACUAAUUGAACACAGAACAUGAUACUACGGCAAGAAGCUUGAUUUUUUUUUGCGUUGAACGGUAAAACUGCGAUUUGCCUUUGUUGACAGAAAUCCCAAACCUUUGCUAUGACUUGCUAUGUCUUGGAAUAUUUAUGUUCAUAUUUAACGAAAACACUUUCUUUUU